AUGGUUCGCAGACGAACUGCAUCGCCAAGGCCUUCGGCUCCAGUCCGCAGGGCAUCACCGCCGCCGUCUGCCAUGCGUGCUGCCCCACCUCCUGCACCCAUGCCAGCUAGAACAGCUGCUCCAAUGGGAGCUGCACCCAUGGGAGCUCCUAUGGGUGCUCCUUCGCAAGGACCAGGAUUGAUGGCACAAAUGGCGGCUACGGCUGGAGGAGUUGCUAUUGGUAGCGCUGUGGGCCACACUGUUGGUCACAUGCUCACCGGUGGAGGUGGCUCGUCUUCAGCAGAAGCUGCACCGGUUGAGGCUAGCGCUCAAGCUCCGCAACAGCAGGCCUAUUCUCAUCCGUGCGAAUUCGAGUGGAAGCAAUUCAUUGAGUGCACUCAAAACCAAUCUGAUGUGUCACUUUGCAAUGGAUUCAAUGAAGCGUUCAAGCAAUGCAAAGCUCGUUACGCAUAA